AAAAAAAAAACUCGUUCCUAAUCAUAAUAUACAGUCUCAAAACAUUUAUCAAACUUAUCUUCCUCAAAAAUCAGUCGCACGCGUAACAGUAUGGGACAAGAUUCGUUCUGCGAUCAGAUCACCUUCCUGUUCUUUCUCGCUUAUAUCAUCAUGUUGGCUAUUGUUACUAUUAUUGGUCUUCCAGCUUCUAUGGUUAUUACAAUCAUACAAGGUUCUCACGAGAUCCCUGUGCCGAAAAUAGAAUUAGCUUCUAUGGAUUUCACGGUGCACAAUAUUACACAAACUCGUCUUAGUGCAAAUUGGGAUUUGUCCAUAAGAAUCCCUGAUGAUCUUCCUGGUCAGUAUAUAUGUCUUCAAGGAGACCUUCAAGCUUCCUUUCUUUACAAGAAUGUUACUCUUGCUACCUCAUCCCCUCAAAAAUACUACAAUCUCAGAUACCGAAAUCCGCAACUUCUUACGGUUUCAGCUCUUCUUUCCGAUGAAGAUAUUAGCAGUUCGAUUGGAAAAGAGAUUAUAGAAGAUAUAAAAAAGAAGAAGGAAGUGCAGUUUGUAUCGCGGUUUUCUCUAACUGAUUGUAGAAAAAAUACAACAGGAGUUAUGAGUUAUGUGUGCGAUGAAGUCACCUUGAGGUUCGAACCUGGAUCAGAGAUGAAGGCGACUACUGUGUUUGGGAACUAUCCCAACUGCAUCAAUAUUUGACCAAAGCCCAUGUCACCACUAAUUCAUUGAUUUUUUCUUUUUUCUGUUAUUCAACAAUCAACAGUUCAUUGUUAAGUUUGCAAAACAAGAGGCUUUGUUUGAAUCAUAAAUUUGGAUUUUAUUUAGUUAUCUAGA